ACGCAAAUAUGAUUUAUAAACUAAAAUCUGUAUAAACUUGGAGUUUGUACAGCAAAUAGUAUAUUUGAAUGUAUAGCUAUCGUUUCGAUAUGGAUUAAUGUACAUUUACGCUUUGGAUUUUUCUUUGUAUAGCAACCGGAAGUAUUACUUUAUUUGCCCUCUUAUCAAGGAAAAUGUAUUUCGUUUCUAUUUUAGAGGGUAUUAAAGGCAUAUUUUAAGCUCUUUUUAUCUUUACAUUUCUUUUAAUGUAACAUUAUGCAUUAAUUUUUUCGUUUGACGUAAAUGAGCUAUCUCUUUAUCACGAACAAAGGAACAUAAUAUUUUAUGCACAUUUUUACACCUGUUUACACGAAGCUCGUUUUUAUCAGUUUAUCACUGUCACGACAUUUAUCGUUCUCGUGGAAGAAUUAACUAUAAGCCUAAUGGCAUUACUCCUUCAGAUUAGGUGCCAGCAACAUGGUCUCGUUCCGCAUGUUCGACAAUUAUUUGCCAAUCUCUGUAGUCAUCGGCUUAAAUGUUCUUGUACUCAUAGCCGCGUAUCCAAAAUUUAAGUUAAUUAAUGUGGUAUUUAGGCAUGGUGAUCGGGCACCUGACAACAACGGACACGAAAUGUAUCCAAACGAUCCGUAUUUAAAUUACUCCUUCUAUCCAGAGGGCUUAGGACAGUUAACCAAUCGGGGCAAGUAUCGCGAAUAUCAUUUAGGGAUAGCUUUGCGCACCAGAUACAAGAACUUUUUAGGAGAUCUGUAUCUGCCGAAACUCGUCUUGGGUCACAGCUCUGAUUAUGAUAGAACGAAAAUGUCUCUGCAACUGGUUCUCGCCAGCUUGUUUCCACCAGUAAAGAAAGAACAACUAUGGAAUCCUGCAUUAAAUUGGCAACCGAUUCCGACAACAUACGUACCACGAAUUGAUGAUAAUUUCUUCUUAGCUGACGAGUGCCCACAGUUUCUUAAGGAGUAUGAUCGAGUGCUGAAUUCGCCUAAGAUACAAGAAAAAAUGUCCCAAUUUGCAGACAUGAUGAAUGACUUAACGGUACUAACCGGCAAGAAGAUCCAGACGCCUUGGAAUAUGUUUUACCUGUAUCACACUUUCGUAGCAGAGUCAUUCCUGAAUUUGCAUCUUCCGAGAUGGGCGUACAAAUACUUCCCGGAUGGUCAAUUAUUCGAUGGGAUUGUAGCUGCAUACAAUAUUGCAAGUUCUACUCCAUUAUUAAAGAGGCUGUAUGCUGGCCCAAUAAUUCGUGCCAUUACGGAAAAUAUGGGAGCUAUACAAAAUGGGAGCUCGUCAACAAAAAUUUAUUUAUAUAGUGGACAUGAAACUAACGUUGCGGCACUGUUACACGCCUUCAACGUGUACAAGCCUCAUGUACCUGAAUACUCCAGCGCAGUUGUUUUAGAAUUAUUAGAGGAAAACAAUCAGUAUUAUGUGAAGCUUUUACAUUAUCGGGGCAUUCCGCCGAUCUUCGACGAGCUUACAUUCCCAGGUUGUGAAACUCUGUGUCCUUUCGAUAAGUUCUCGGAUUUAAUUCGAGACUUGAUUCCAUCCAACGAAGAAAUGGUUUGCGACAAGAGACAGACUCCGGAUUACGCAGACACAAAGUAUUCAGCUGAAUCGAAAAUUAAAUUAUUUAUAGAAUCGUUGCUUUCGAAGCUAAUUAAUGUAAAUAAUAACACCUAAUGUCUCUUGCAAUUCCAAUUAGAAUGUCACAAAGUAUUUUAAAUAUAUAAUUUUUUUUAAA